AUGGGAAUUGAAGGAGGAAGUGAACCAGUUAGUCCAAUGUAUCUUGCUUCUGGAUUUGGGAUUAAUGGCAAUAGCAUUGACAAUAGUGGUGUUGUGACGCCUCUGACGGAAGGCGGGCUGACGAGAGCGGCUCAUGGUUCCAGUGACACCCCUUGGUCAGAAAGUUACACUACUUCAAUAGAUUUUGAUGAAAAUGGAGAUGUUGAGGUACAUUAUAAGAGGUUGCUCAAAGAAUAUCCUUCUAACCCUUUGGUCUUGAGGAAUUAUGCUCAGCUUUUGCAGUCAAAAGAUGAUCUUUCCGGGGCUGAGGAAUUUUACUUCCAAGCAACACUAGCAGAUCCAAAAGACGGGGAUAUCUUGUCUCGGUAUGCUAAAGUGGUGUGGCAGCUACACCAUGAUAAAGAUAGAGCCUUGAACUACUUCGAACGUGCCACUCGUGCUGCUCCUGAAGACAGUUAUGUCCUUGCAGCAUAUGCUAGUCUUCUUUGGGAGAUCAAUGAUGAUGACGGAGAUAACAGACCAGUAACCCCUCCAUUGCAUCUUCCAGCAGGACUUGGGAUUGGGAAUGGUAGAUUUGGUGGUGGAAAUGCCGAAGAUUACUACAGGAGCAUGAUUCAAGAAAAUCCAAAUAACCCCUUGUUUUUAAGAAACUAUGCUCAGUUCCUUGAUCAGUGUAAGGGAGACUUAAAAGGAGCUGAAGAAUACUACUGUCGCACAAUAUUAGCAGACGCUGAUGAUGGAAAAAUUAUGUCACAGUAUGCAAAGUUUAUAUGGAAACUUCAUCACGACCAAGAUAAGGCUUCGUCUUACUUUAAGAGAGCAGUUGAAGCUUCUCCCGGAAACAGCGAUGUACGUGCAGCAUAUGCUAGAUUUCUGUGGGAAACAGAGGACGAUGAAGACGAAGACGAAGGAUUGGACAAUCAUAAUGGAGUGCCAUUUCAGACAGUCUGUUAUCUCAUCAAUAGGAAUCCAUCAGUUCCAUUGGAGUUUGACAUCCUAGAGAGAGUUUGGACCAACAAGGAGAUGUCCUACUCGCAUCUGAAGGUGUUCGGUUGCAAAGCUUUUGCAUAUGUACCAAAGGAGCAAAGAACAAAGCUGGAUGAUAAAUUCGUUCCCCACAUAUUCAUCAGAUAUGGAGAUGAAGAGUUCGGAUACAAAUUGUGGGAUCCUGUAAAGAAGAAGGUCAUCGGAAGCAGAGGUGUAGUCUUCCAAGAAAGUGAGGUUGGAACUACUGAUGAUUGUGAGCACGAUCCAACACAUAAUGUAUUCCAUUUUGCUGAUUUUGAGUUAACUCCUACAUUGGAAGAGAUAGCAGGCUACGCCGGUUUUGAGGGGAAUCUUAGAAAGCAAUACCCGGUGGCGCCCAGAACAGUAACCCCUCACAAAUUUUUGGACUUGUUAAGCAUCAGUCGGGACAUCCGAGACGGAAAUUUGGCCAAAGGAUUCUGUACCUUCUACUUUUUGUACCGACGUUACCGGGAUCCCCAUGGUUUCGAGACACCAAAUACCGGUCUUACUCACGCAGGAAACUAA